AUGGGAGACAUCUUACAGGUACAACAAAAUGAUGGGUUCGAACGAUAUUUAGGACUCAAUGCUGACUUUGGGGCUUCAAAACAGCGGGUCUUUGAGGAUGUAUGCAACAAAAUUAAUGCCAGGCUUAUGGGAUGGUCUGAACAAUAUUUAUCUCAAGCUGGGAAUGAAGUUUUGAUCAAAGCAGUAGCUAUGGCUAUGCCAAAUUUUGCUAUGUCCUGUUUUAAGCUACCAAUUAAUUUAUGCAAGGAGAUUGAAAGGGAGAUCAUUCAUUAUUGGUGGAAGGGGCACAAGGAGCAUGAGGGUAUCCAUUGGGUUGGAUGGCAACGUCUCUGUAUGAUGAAAGAAGCAGGAGGUAUGGGGUUUAGAGAUCUUAGAUGCUUCAACCUGGCUAUGCUUGCAAAAAUUGGCUGGCGGAUUAUCAAACAUCCGGACUCUCUGUUGGCUACUACCUUCCGGGACAAGUAUUUCAGGUCUUCAGAUUUUAUGAGAGCUGUUGUUGGUUGUGGGUCGUCGUGGGGUUGGAAGGGUAUUGUGCAAGGACGGAAAAUAUUGGAGGCAGGUAUGAGAUGGCGUUUAGGCAAUGGACAUCAAGUUCAUAUUUGUCUAGAUAACUGGGUGCCCAAACCUUCUACUUUCAAGAUUUACUCUAGACACCCAGAUAUGCCUAUUUUAGUGCAAGGGCUUAUUGACAAUCAGAUGAAGAUGUGGAAUCAGGAUCUUAUAUUGCGUUGUUUCAGUUGUGUGGAAGCCCAGACUAUUUUAUCCUUACCUCUUAGUAGGUGGGGCUGUGAUGACAAACUAGUGUGGCACUUCACUGCGCAUGGUGGUUACACACUGGAUGUCUUACAAUUGGUGGGGGAGGAGUUUAGUGAAUGCUGGGAAAGCAUAUUAAAGAAGUAUGAGAAGAAUGUGAAUUUUCAAGAAAUAUUACAGGUGGUGGUUUUUGGGUUGUGGCGUUUAUGGAAAACAAGAAACAGUGCGGUGUUUGAAGGGACUGUUACUGAUCCAACCACUAUGGUGAGAAGUCUCCAAGCUCAGGUGCAGGAGUAUAGGGCAGCUCUGAUGUCGGCCAACCCUCUGAUUAACGAGCUGCCCCGUCUGCUAGAUCGUGCUCAAAGUGGGUCAGCUUCGUGGGUUAAGCCGGCACAUGGUUGGGUCAAGGCUAAUUGUGAUGGAGCUUGGUUGCAGCAGACGCAAAGAGGUGGGGCUGGUUGGGUUAUUAGAGACACUUAUGGCUGGCUGGUGCGUGCAAGGGGGGGUGGGGGGAUUAACAGGGCAGUAUGGCAUUGA